AUGCACCAAAUUCUACUUUCCCUCCUCUUACCAACUUUAUUCGCUUUCCAACACCAAUGUGGAUUACCUUCAUUUAUGGGAAUAGAUUCAUCCUAUCCAGCACCAGAUCCCAGUUGCAUAUUUAAUGAUUCUUUGAUAACCCGAGAAAACCUGAAAAGGUUUCCAAAGGAUUGUACAACAGUUUGUGCAAAUAUCACAUUCGAUUCUACAUCGGGUUUGACUGAAAAAGAAAUUAAUGGAACAUUCUCGACGCUAAGAGUUUUGUUUGGAACUCUCAAAAUUGAAGGGACCAAUUUCAAAAAUCUCAAUUUCUUUUCAUCACUACAGGUCAUUUUUUAUGGCAUCAUAAUAAUCAACAAUCCAAAAUUAACGGAUAUUACGGCUUUUAAACGUUGGUCUGCCUAUGAAGUAUUCACAACGCAUGUUUUUGGAAAUUCCGCUUUGGAUUUUGAACCGUUUUGCGAUCGGGAUUGGGAUAGGCAAUACACCGAUUUCAAUGUUUAUGGUAAUUUGAAAAAUUGUGGAUGCAAAAACGUGCGAAUCGAACCGAAAUCUCUACCGUACUACCGAAACUGUACAACCAUAACUAGCGGAUCAUAUAAUGGUCUCAAAAUCACCCAAACCAGUCAAUCCAUGGAUUUAUCUGGUUUCUUACUUUUAAAAAACUUGUCAUCAGAACUAAAAGUCUAUAACACUCAACUAGAAGAUUUGUCAUUUCUCAAAAAUCUGGAAGUCAUCGAUGCUGAAUUUGGAUAUAAAUUUUUGAGCAUUAUGGAUAAUCCCAACCUUAAACGUCUUGGUUUUGAGUCUUUGAAGACCAUUCUCCCAGAAAAUAACACAUUUACAAUGGAAAUCAAAUCGAAUCAUCAAGAUUUUUGCAUCACUACAAAUGAGCUACAGGUUCUUGCAGUGCACAGAGUUGACUUUUUAAUGACCCAAAUGAAAUUAUGUGAAGAUUUGAAUCGAAGAGAUGGAGAAAAAGUUUGUCAUUUUGGAGAUUUGAGCACUAUGGAUUCCGAUUGUCUGCAUAUAAUUGGAGACGUUUCGAUAAAUAAUGAAAAUGAGAAAUUUGUCGGAAAGCUUAAAAAUGUUACAUUUAUCUAUGGUUCUUUGACAAUCAAAGGUACGGAGGAAUUGGAAAGUUUAGACUUUUUAUCGAAUUUCAGACAAGCGGCGAAUCUUAAAAUUGAUGGCGAACGGUCAGACUUCACACCUGAAUUUGACCAAACUCCUAUGGUUCGAAUUAUUUCGAACGAAAAACUACAGAAAGUUUGGUUGCACAGUAUGAGAUCACCACCUUAUCCACAACCUGAAGGAACUCAUCGUAUAAUUGAAAUCGAUGGAAACUCUAUGGAAAUUUUCAGAGAUCAAAGAGAAUGUUUGUUGUUUCAAAAACUGACACAAUCUCAAAUCAAAUAUAAUAAACAAAGCUGUUGUGAGUUUGGAAAGCCGAUUUGUCCAUCUGGAUUCAAAAAAACGAAUGACAAAUGUUUGAAACUCUAUACAAAAAGUUUGAAACAUUUGGAAGCGGAACAUGAGUUUUCACAAUUUGGAGGAACUUUGGCAACUAUCAAAACUGCAGUGGACAACCGUGCCAUUUAUACAUUGGCCGCAAGCGCUGGAGUGAAUUCCAUUUGGAUUGGAUUAUUCUGCUACGCAAAUGGAAAUUCUACACUCUGUGUUCAUGAUGAUGACUCGGGACCAAUGAUUUACACAAGUUUCACAUUUGGAGAUCCGAAUUUACAGGGAAAUGAUGGAUGCGUUUACAUGCGGACAUCCGGACGAACAGCGGCACAGUGGGUGACAUCGUCUUGUGGAGUGGCUGGGAUGCCUUUUGUUUGUGAAACGCCGUUGACUUUGGGGGAUCAAACUUGUAUUCAUAACUACAAUGGGUACUGCUAUCUUCCAUCCCAUGAGCUCAACCUUCACAAAAACGACACAUCUAAUGCAACAUAUUCUAAAGCUAGCGCCAUUUGUGCCUCCUACAAUGCCACGUUGGCUUCGAUUCAUUCGAAACCUGAAGUUGAUUAUAUUCAUGCACUGUUCAAAAGUUCAGGAGCACCAGGACUUCUUCUAGGAGCUAUUCCAGUUGAUGGCUUUUAUUGGAAUGAUAGUCUAAUGAAUCCUGUUUUCUGA